AUGCAGGAUCAAGCGCGAUACUGGUGGAAGUUACUCUAUGUUGCUGACGCCAAAGGUAUAAUUGCCGGCUUGGCUGCGCACUCUGGUCAAAUAUCGGUCGGACUAUCGCAAGGAUUCAGUGCGAUAUUAGUGCCAAAAUUGUUGAAAUCUAAUUUUGCGGGCAUCAAUGAAGCAUCAUGGGUAGCUUCAUUGGGGGUAAUUUCAAAUCCAUUGGGGGCAUUUAUUGCCGGGAUAACUGCGGAGUGCAUGGGUAGACGCUCGGCAAUAGCAUUGGCGACAUUGCCUCAUGUUACCGGUUGGUUACUUAUCGCAUUCGCGCAUGACGUACCGACAUUAUACGCUGGAAGAUUUAUUGGCGGCAUCGGUACUGGGAUGGCUAAUGCUCUGUAUUUAUACGUAACUGAGGCAGCAGCUCCACACCAAAGAGCCUGGUUAGCGUCAGCGGGCCCAAUUCUGGUAUCCUUUGGAGUCUUAGGAAUUUAUGCGCUUGGUGCUUUGACAACUUGGCACAGUAGUGCUGCGAUAAGUAUAAUUCCAGCAAUAAUUUCGUUAACUCUUACUAGAGUAAUACCUGAGUCACCAGCAUGGUUAGUCCGCAAAAAUCGGCUGAAUGAGGCCAAACAAGCAUUGUUGUGGCUUCGAGGCCCUGGAUUGGAUUGUGAAGACGAAUACAAGCAACUAUGCACAUCAAGUAUUAAACAGUCGGAGAAAAAGUCUGAAAAUUUAUUAAAAGUGAUCAAAACAAUAUGGAAACCAUUUAUAAUCUUGUUUUUAUUCUUCGCGCUUCAACAGAUGUGUGGUAUUUACGUAAUUUUGUUUUACGCAGUAAAUUUUUUAAAAGACAUCGGCACAGAUAUUGACGAAUACGUCGCUAGUGUUGGGAUAAGUAUAAUACGACUUGCGGCAGCUAUUCUAGGAGCGGGCUUGGCCAACCAUUUUGGCAGGAAAAGCCUCGCAUGCACCAGUGGAUUGGGCAUGGCUUUGUCAUCUGGUGGAAUCGCACUUGCUAUAAAGUAUCAAGGGAUACCUAAAUGGGUGCCAUUGAUAUGUAUUGCACUUCACGUUGCAUUUUCGAUGAUAGGCUAUCUCACUCUACCUUGGGUGAUGACAUCCGAAUUGUAUCCCCUGCAAUAUCGCAGCACUGCUGGAGGAUUAACGACAGCGAUUGCACAAGUUAUGACUUUUGCUGCUGUAAAAUUCUAUCCGCAUAUGAAUAGCUUGAUCGGAUUUGAAGCAACUUUGUAUAUUUUCACAGUAGCGGCUUUGGUCGGUGCAUUAUUUGCCAGCUUCAUUUUGCCUGAAACUAAAGGCAAAAGUUUGGAAGAAAUUGGCAAAGGAUUUUCGUCGUCGAAUCUGCAAAAUAAUGUCAAUAGUAGUAUUAUUGUUUCUGAUAGAUUUUCAACGAUACCUGAUGAUAAGUAUGUGAUCUAUCCAAAUGAUAUUGUUGUGCCUAAAGAGUACAAUAACUUAGGAAUGGAUUUGAGUGAUGAAAAAGACGUUGUAUUGAGUUCUAAUGCUGUAGGAAGCAAUUCGGAUACUAGGGAUGUUGGAGUUUUCAAAAUUUCUACUUUAGAACAUGGUUUUAUUUGA